UGGUUUCUUCGCUCGUCUUCUUAAUCCAGUCGACGCAUCAAUAUCAUCCCUUCUACUCAGUACCUGUGUUUCGUCGUCUACUGCCCUGAGAACGAGCCAUUUCUAGUGGCCUUCUCUUCCUAAUUUGCCCAUAAUUGGGGUAACGAUAACCCGAGCUGCCCUACAAGGUGGUCAACAGGGCAUCGGUCGAGUCUCUAAGAAACGUAUAAAAGCCUCUCAAAAACUCAGCCACAGUUUAUUCAGCAAUCUGUCAGCUCUUUCAAUCGUGAUGGUCCAAAUCUCUACUGUCUUAGUAGUACUUAUCCUCCUUGCGCCGCUCGUCGAUGCUGCGCCUGGAAAGCGCUCUACGUCUUCGGGCGUGACUGACUCUGAGACUUCUGCGCCUUCUAGUACUGUAUCGAAUCAGACGGUCACCGCAUCGUCGACGGACACAGCAGCGUCGUCAACCGCGACUGUUCCUUUUGCCAGUUUGGAUCCAAAUUUGGCACUUUGGAACGAGACCAGUGAUCCCUCGGUCGUCACUGCGGAACGCGGCAAGCUUGGAGCAUCCGUCCUUGGCCCCGACAACCUUCCUAUUGACUUGCAAAACCCCGACUUAUUAGCCCCUCCGACCACGGACUCUGGCUCCAUUUCGAACGCGAAAUGGCCUUUCUCUUUGAGCCACAAUCGUUUGCAGACGGGGGGCUGGGCCCGUCAGGAGAACAUCGGAGUGAUGCCAAUCGCCACCCAAAUGGCCAGCGUCAAUAUGAGAUUGGAACCUGGGGCCAUUCGUGAGCUGCACUGGCACAAGACUUCGGAAUGGGCGUACGUUUUGAAAGGUUCUACGCAGAUAACUGCUGUUGAUACCGAGGGUCGAAACUACAUUGCUACGGUGGGUGCCGGCGAUCUGUGGUACUUCCCUCCUGGUAUCCCACACUCCCUCCAAGCUACUGCCGAUGAUGCAAGUGGUUCCGAAUUCAUCCUGAUCUUCGAUGAUGGAGCAUUCAGCGAGGACUCCACAUUUUUGUUGACUGACUGGCUUGCUCAUGUUCCAAUGGAAGUCCUUGAGAGGAACUUCCUCUUCAACAACUCCCAGGCUUUCGCACACAUUCCGGCUCAGGAGCUCUACAUCUUCCCGAGCACUCCGCCUGCCGACGAUGCAUCUGCCCCCCAAAGUCCGCAAGGAACGGUCCCGGAUCCAUUUUCGUUUGCAUUGUCCCAGGCAAACGCCACGCAGUUGGCGGGUGGUUCAGUCAAAAUUGUGGAUUCUACAACUUUCACAGUCUCGACUACUAUCGCUAUGGCUGAGGUCACGGUUGAACCCGGUGCCAUCCGUGAGUUGCACUGGCAUCCAACACAAGACGAAUGGAGCCUCUUCCUUGAGGGAGAAGGCAGAGUGACGAUAUUUGCGUCCCAAGGCACAGCUAGGACAUUCAACUACCAGCCUGGAGACAUCGGCUAUGUUCCCGCUUCUAUGGGGCACUACGUUGAAAACAUCGGAAACACGACGAUGAAAUACCUGGAAAUCUUCAACACGGACCGAUUCGAAGAUAUCAGUCUAAAUCAGUGGCUGGCUUUGACUCCGCCGGACUUGGUAAAGGCGCAUCUGGACUUCGAUGAUGCCACUAUCGCGCAGCUCUCCAAGACUAAGCCGGUUGUGAAUGGGCCCGGAUCAUCAGAUUGAUUAUUGUUCGCUCUUUCGAGAUUCCUGUCGUUUAUUUAUCCUGGGACUCGAAGGGUGCUGAAUAUACCACUAACUCUGUGCUAUGAAAUUAUUUAAUAGGCUUUUGUCACCUGUGUAGGACAGCCAGACUGUCUUUUGUCGAAUCCAGUACUAAACCCUCGAGUUACCACCAAUGAA